AUGAGUUUCAGUAUCGGUGGUUCGUCCAGCAGCAGCUGCCUGGCAGCGCUCGGUGAGAUGGAGCAAAUUAUCUGCCAGCUCGAGCGGGGCACACUGAUCCAGAAGUUUUAUCCCCGCAAACGGCCGGAAAAGAAAACGCUUAUGCUGCGACGGGAAACCCGACAGAUUAUUUGGUCCUCGGUACAAACGAACGGACGUAGCAAUUACGAAGGAUCGCUAGAGCUGCGCGAGGUAAAGGAAGUACGUCCGGGGAAGAAAUCGAAAGACUUUGAAAAGUGGCCCGAAGAGGCAAAGAAGAGUGAACCACGCAAAUGUUUCGUCAUACUGCACGGGAACGAUUUCAAGCUACGCACCGUAUCGAUUGUUGCAUUUUCCGAAAAAGAAGCCGACAUGUGGCUGAAAGGACUGAAGUAUCUGAUCUCAGACACCAUCACCUCACCGUACUGGUUGCAGAUCGAACGGUGGCUUCGACGCGAAUUCUACCUGAUGGAAGCGAAUGGUACGGCCAGCCUGAAGGACAUACGGUCCUUUCUGCCGAAGAUCAACUGUAAAAUAUCGACCGCCAAACUGAACGAUGUCUUCCAUGAGGUGGAUACCCGGCGCCGGAACGAGCUUGGGUUUGACGACUUUACACGGCUUUACCAACGGUUGAUCCUGCCGCCGACGGCACUGCCGGAAUAUUUUGACGGGAUACGGAUGGCAACGUACAGCCAGAACGGGCAAACAGUUACGCUGCAGGAGUUCCGUCGGUUUCUCACCAAAGAGCAGCAGGAAGAUGAAGGGAAUGGUGGUGGCAGUGGAGGACAGAGUGAGGAGGUGGUAGCAAAAUUCAUCAACGAUUACAUACAAGACCCGGCACGUGACGUGAGCGAACCUUAUCUACGUUUGCACGAGUUUAUAGAUUUUUUAUUCUCCCGCCAAAAUGAAAUCUGGGACAAGCGGUGCGAUACCGUCUACCAGGACAUGACACGUCCGCUCGCCCACUACUGGAUCUCGUCUUCGCACAACACCUACCUAACGGGCGAUCAAUUCUCCAGCGAAUCUUCGGUGGAAGCGUACGCCCGUGCCCUGCGUAUGGGAUGCCGCUGUAUCGAGUUGGACUGCUGGGACGGUCCCGACAAUAUGCCGCUCAUCUUUCACGGCCAUACCUUUACGACGCGAAUCAAGUUUAUGGAUGUCAUUCGUACAAUCAAGGAGCACGCUUUUAUCACCUCCGACUAUCCGCUCAUACUGUCGAUCGAGCAGAACUGUUCGCUCACGCAGCAGCGCCGGAUGGCACAGGCAAUGCAGGAAGUGUUCGGUGAAAUGCUGCUAACGCAACCGAUCGACAAAACGGAAACGCAGCUACCGUCGCCGCACCAGUUGAAGCGUAAAAUUAUACUAAAGCACAAAAAGCUGCCCGAAAAUGGGAUGCUUGUGGUGGAUGAGGCGGGCAAAGAGUCGGCCAUCCUGAUGCGGGCUAACGAUGAGAGUGAGCUGGACAUACGGAAUACGGUGAAGAAUGGUAUCCUUUAUCUGGAGGAUCCGGUGGAUAAGGGUUGGAAUGCGCACUUUUUCGUGCUGACACAGCACAAACUUUUCUACACGGACAGUCAGCGACCCGAUCGAGAUAAUGACGGUAGAGAUGAUGAGCGUGAAGAGAAUGGUUUCGCCAACCGUCAAUCGCGGGACGGCGCCGUGCUGUCGAACGAUGAGCUUCAUUUUGGGGAAAAUUGGUUCCACGGCAAGUUGUCCGGUGGACGUGAGGAGGCUGAGAAGCUGUUGCAACAGUUUUCCCACCUAGGUGAUGGGACAUUUUUGGUGCGGGAAAGUGUGACGUUCGUUGGAGAUUAUUGCCUUUCGUUCUGGCGCCAGGGCAAACCGAACCACUGUCGGAUAAAGCUCAAGCAGGAUAAGGGCGUCACGAAGUACUAUCUGAUGGAGAACGUACUGUUUGAAAGUUUGUACAGCCUGAUCAUGUACUAUCGGCAGAAUGCGCUUCGAAGUGCGGAAUUUUACAUCACACUAAAGGAACCGGUUCCGCAACCGAACAAGCACGAAACGAAGGAAUGGUACCACCACACAACGACACGCGAGCAGUCCGAGAUCGUGCUCAAUCAGAUCCCGCAGGAUGGUGCCUUUCUGGUGCGGCCCAGCGAUAAAGGACCAAAAGCAUUCGUUAUUUCGUUCCGGGCACAUGGCAAAUUUAAACACUGUCGCAUACGGGUGGAGGGGCGACUGUACGAGAUGGGUGGGAUGGAGUUUGAAAGUCUGGUAGAUCUGGUCAAUUUCUACUCCAAACAUCCGCUCUACCGGAAGGUUACGCUUACGUAUCCGAUCCCACGUGAAAUGAUUCGAAGGAUCAACACGAUGGAUGUUCCAGAAGAGAGUGGCGCUUACGGGUACAUGGAUCCAGCAACGGUCAUCAAUGAAAACGUUACGGUAAAGGCACUGUACGACUACAAAGCACAGCGCGAUGAUGAGCUGUCCUUUUGCAAGCAUGCCAUCAUCACGAACGUCGCGAAGAAGGGCAACGAUUGGUGGCUGGGUGAUUAUGGUGGCAAACGGCAACACUACUUCCCGGCCAACUACGUGCAGGAACUGAGCGCAAUGGAUGAUGGUACGCUGGUGGACGAAGGAGCCAACGAACCACUAAUGCUGGGAAGCUUGCAGAAAGGUUCGUUGGACGUUCAUGGCGCCGUAGUGGAGAUGGCUUACAGCAACCACCCGGACAUCGAGCGUAUCCUGCGCAUCCAAAACCCAACGAUGCAGAACGUGUUCGAGGUUGGCGUACAGACAAAAGAGCUAGCGUACGAGUGGAUGUGUGCCAUUAAGGAGGCGGCCCAAAAUGCUAGCGCAAUGGAAAACGAACGGCGCAAAAUGGAGCGCAAUUCGCGUGUCGCUAAAGAAAUGUCCGAUCUCAUCAUCUACUGUCGCAGUGUACCGUUCAAGCAUCAUCCGAGCACGUGGGUAUUUUACGAAAUGUCCAGCUUUCCGGAAACGAAGGCAGAGAAAUAUUUCUUGCAGCCGGAAACGCGCUCCUUGUUUGUCCGUUACCAUCGGAACCAUCUUAGUCGGGUGUAUCCGAAGGGUCAGCGAUUGGAUUCGUCCAACUACCAUCCGACGGCCCUGUGGAACUGUGGAUCGCAGAUGAUUGCGCUUAACUUUCAAACGCCCGAUAAACCGAUGCAGCUGAAUCAGGCCAAAUUUCGGGACAAUGGUGGAUGUGGGUAUUUGCUGAAGCCGGAGUUUAUGUUUCGGGACGAGUUUGAUCCGACCGAUCCGAACACGCUGGUUGGGGUGAACGAGGUGAUUGUGAAUGUGCGCAUCAUUGGGGGUCGAAAUCUGUGUAAGGUGAGCCGGAACAUUACCAGCCCGCUGGUAGAGGUGGAAGUGUUGGGCGCAUCGUUUGACGGUGGCAUUAAGCAUCGUACCAGAGCCAUAGCGGACAACGGGUUGAACCCGAUAUGGAACGAAAUUUGCGAAUUUCGGAUAGCGAAUCCACACUUUGCAAUGAUUCGGUUCGAAGUGCAGGACGAGGACAUGUUCGGCGAGCCGAACUUUAUUGGCCAGGCCGUAUUUCCGCUCGGUGCCAUCCGCACCGGCUAUCGGAGUGUCGUCCUGCGCAACAAGUAUAGUGAAGAGCUAGAGCUGGCAACACUGCUGGUACACACGAGCAUACGGCCAUUGCAGACGGAGUGA